CCACAACUCUGCAUUCUCAAAUUUCAAUAGAUGCUACCAAUCAUACCCUCAACCCCCACACCAAACCUAAAGCCGCACACAAACCAUCAUCACUUCAUAACCUGAUAACCCUCUCUCAUGCUGGACCCAUUCAUUCAUUCACAGACAAUAUCCAGUUCAUAACACACCCCAUUUGUUUGGCACCUUUCAACAACCUCCCAUCAAAGCUGAAAUUGUAGGUCCAAGGACACAAACACAAACACAACCACAACACCUUUUCCCCCAAUCACUCAAUAAAGACUCAAACUUUGGGCAUUUGGGGGUUUUGGAUCCAAUGGCAGAGAUAGUGAAGCAACUCUUAGCAAAGCCGAUCCAGUUAGCAGACCAAGUGACAAAAGCAUCCGAGGAAGCCAGUUCCUCGUUCAAGCAAGAGUGCUUAGAACUCAAAUCCAAAACCGAGAAACUCGCGGGGCUUCUCCGACAAGCCGCAAGAGCAAGCUCCGACCUCUACGAGCGCCCGACACGGCGCAUCAUCGCCGACACCGAACAGGUCCUCGACAAGGCCCUGUCUUUGGUUCUCAAAUGCCGCGCCAACGGCCUCAUGAAGCGCGUGUUCAGCAUCAUCCCCACCGCAGCCUUUCGCAAGAUGUCAUCUCAGCUCGAGAAUUCCAUCGGCGACGUGUCCUGGCUCCUCCGUGUGUCGGCUCCGGCGGAGGAUCGCGACGACGAGUAUCUUGGUCUUCCCCCAAUCGCCGCUAAUGAACCGAUUUUGUACCUUAUUUGGGAGCAGAUUGCGAUCCUCCACACGGGUUCUCUCGAUGACCGUUCCGACGCGGCGGCUUCGCUGGUGUCGCUGGCGAGGGACAACGACCGGUACGGGAAGUUGAUCAUAGAGGAAGGUGGGGUUGGACCCUUGUUGAAGUUGAUCAAGGAGGGUAAGAAAGAGGGUCAAGAGAAUGCUGCAAGGGCAAUUGGACUUUUAGGACGCGACCCUGAGAGCGUGGAGCAAAUGCUCCAUGCUGGUGUUUGCUCUGUGUUUGCGAAAAUCCUCAAAGAAGGUCCUAUGAAAGUGCAAGCUGUUGUUGCUUGGGCUGUUUCGGAGCUAGCAGCUAAGUACCCUAAGUGCCAAGAUUUAUUUUCUCAGCAUAAUAUAAUUCGAUUGCUUGUGAGUCAUCUUGCUUUUGAAACUGUUCAAGAGCAUAGUAAAUAUGCAAUUGUUAGCAACAAACCCACAUCAAUCCAUGCGGUUGUGCUGGCGAGUAAUAACUCUAAUAAUGCCAAUAAUGUGAAAAUGGAGAAUGAAGAUGACGAAAAGCACACACAAAUUCGGAUACCUCAUCCCUUGGGUGAUAGGUCCCAAAAUCAGAUGUACAAAGUUGUGGCAAGUACCAUGGCUGUGCAUGCUGCCACCAAGCAGCAACCGAAUCAAGGCAAUGAAGCAAGUCAGAACAUGAAGGGAAGCAAUGGAGUUGGUAAUAAUGGUAAGCAAGGUCAUCAACUGAACCAGCAAAGCUAUUCUUAUUCUGGAAUUAACAUGAAAGGAAGGGAACUUGAAGACCCUGAGAAUAAGGCUACUAUGAAAGCAAUGGCGGCCAGAGCCCUCCGGCACCUAGCCAAGGGUAACUCGCCAAUUUGUCGUAGCAUCACGGAAUCAAGGGCUAUGCUGUGCUUUGCUAUUCUCCUUGAGAAAGGAACUGAAGAUGUGAAGUACAAUUCCGCUUUGGCUGUGAAGGAGAUUACAGCAGUGGCAGAGAAAGAUGCAGAAUUGAGAAGAUCUGCAUUCAAGCCCAACUCUCCUGCUUGCAAAGCAGUUGUUGAUCAAGUGCUUAACAUCAUCGAGAAAGAAGAUACAAAUCUCCUGAUUCCUUGCAUCAAGGCUAUUGGGAGUUUGGCCAGGACAUUCCGAGCAACAGAGACAAGAAUAAUUGGUCCCUUGGUGCGCCUUCUUGACGAGAGAGAGGCAGAAGUAUCAAGGGAGGCAGCAAUCUCCCUCACAAAAUUUGCCUGCAAGGAAAACUACCUCCACCUUGAUCACUCAAAGGCAAUUGUAACCGCAGGUGGUGCAAAACACUUGGUUCAGCUUGUAUAUCUUGGAGAACAACAAGUUCAGAUUGCAGCAUUGGUUCUGCUCUCUUACAUUGCACUGCAUGUGCCAGACAGUGAAGAACUUGCUCGGGCUGAGGUACUUGGAGUGCUUGAAUGGGCAUCCAAGCAACCUAACAUGACACAGGAUGAAACCCUCGAGGCACUGUUGCAAGAAUCCAAGAGCAGGCUGGAGCUUUACCAGUCUAGAGGUUCAAGGGGAUUCCAAAAAUUACAUCAAUAGGAAGAGUGAUUCAUUGUUGUCGUUGUAAGGUUUUUCAAUCAUUCGUAUCUGUGGUCUAUUGUUCUCCUGAGUGUAUAUACAAUCAAAUGCCUUCUUCAAUUGUUCAGAUGCAUUUUCAAAUAUUAUUUUAGAGAAUUGUUUGCUUAUUCCAUUUGUUCCAACUUUCCUUUCCUUUCCUUCCUAUCCAACUGAUCCCCUGGCAUAAUGUAGCACCCCAUACG